AUGGCCCUCGGCGGAGCGCCUCCUCUUGCGCGAGCAGCAGUGGUUAAGUUCCCAGCCGCUGCAGCCGCAGCAAAGUUCACUUGCCGGCAUUUAGCGUCCUAUUCUACUGCUCUAUUCAGAAGUCUCCUGGUUCCUGUGGGUAGCAGGACCCCCUGGGCAGGGUGCGGCCUGGGUGCAUGCAACAGGGGCUUUGCAAGCGAUGAUUCGUUCCCUAAGGCGCUUGAAAGAGACCUCAAAGAUACAAUGAACAUUCCAGUCGGGGGGGAAAACCUGUAUCGUAGAGUAGGUGGACCUGGCUACCCCAUGCUGUUCGACGUGAAGUACGACAGGCCCACGUGGCAGCCGCUGUGGGAGGAUGAACAUGAAGUUAUCCCUAGAGAUGGAUACGGCGUACCAGCCCACAUCCCCCCUGAGGUGUCUACCAAGAUCAAGCACGUGUUCCAUGUUCCUCCUCAGUUUUAUCCUUUUUUGAAAAAGCUGGGAGACGACACUCCUGCAUUGCGUCCCUACAUGGAGAAGCUAAUAAAGGGAGAAUUGACGUUCGAAGACUACGAGGAUAUGUUUUACAGGUUUGCAAAGCCUGCAAAGAUCUACAGAAGACAAAUUCCGGAACCCUACAGAACUCCUGAGGAGAUAGAAAGAGAGCAAGAGGUCGCAUGGGAGGGAGCUUGGCUCUCUUACAGGCAGCGCGUCUUAUCUGACUACCAGUCAAGUAUGUAUCUGCGAGAGUACCUUUUUGGCGCGUUGGUGGGCGUUUUCUUCGGCUAUCUGUGGCUGGACCAGCACCGUCAAUACCGCAUUGACAUGAAGCUGUUCUACUUGGAGGCCCCCGAAAACAAAGUUAAUUGGGUGAAGCCUCGGGGAGAUCUUGUGUAA